UGUUUAGUUAAUUUUGUUUUGUUUUAUGUUUGUUUAGUUGGUGUCUGGUGAACUUCCCCUUAGUGAUUUUUCUUUAAUUGAACGAAUUCAUUAAAAAACGUCUACAAGAAACGGCACUUACAUAUCUAACCGAGAGAACCCCCUGACAAACAAAGACAUAAUUAUUAGAGUAUCUAACGACAUGUUGAAGCAUACGAGUAAUAAUAACAUAGUAGAGCUGCAAGACCUUUUGGACAGUGACGACGAAUUACCAACCAAUUAUAGUGAGGAGCCAGAUCUACCUGCCUAUCUUGAUGACCAGCGUUUUGAUGCAAUACAAUUUAACUGGAUAAAGAACAACAAAACCAGAAGUAUUCCUGUCAAACCACCAGUCACCCCUGUCAAGCCAUCACUCACUACCAUCAAGCCAUUGGUCGCUCCAGUCAAGGCUGUCACUCCAGUCACAACAUUGGUCACUCCUGCUUCCAUCCAAUAUCCCUCCAACACUCACCAACAGGAACAAUUACCACCUAGCAAAGACUGCAGCAACAAAAACUUGAUCAAAAAGGGGAUUCUAAAUGAAGAGGACAUCUUGUGUAUGAGGAGUGUUGCCGCUCAAACCACUGACGACGAAGCAUUGUUGUGGUUCAUCGACUUCCUCAUGCACAAAGACUUGCAGGCGGAUUAUAGAUUUUUGAAAAGUUGCCUUGUUGUUCACCAAGAAAACUAUGGGAGAUCUAAAACACACUACUCACAAAUAUAUUUUUCUAAAAGUUUAAACAAUUGCUUUGAGUUAGUUGUAAAAUAAGCUUUUGAUAUUUUGUAUGAUAUAGAUAU